AUGCAUUCGCUGCAAUACACUGAUAUGUCGAUUAAAACGUCGCAGUUUCUGCUGAGACUCACGGGAACGUGGAUGAACGAGAGCAAUACCGAGGAAAGUCGAAGAAGAUUCGCCAUGACGUACACAAUUGUGGUGCACAUUUUCGCUCUAUAUCUCAGUUCAACUGACAUGUACUACACAUGGGGUGACUUGAACCGCUGCUGCUACGCCAUGUCUAAUGUACUGUGCACUAGCCUGUCACUAUUUAAGACUGUAACAGUCAGAAUGCGCUAUACGGUUUUAAACGAUAUAAUAAAACUUGCACAACAGAAUUUUUGGCAUGUCAAGUAUGAUCACGAGGAUCAAAUACUGUUGAGGAAGUGUCGAGAAUUUUGCAACUUGUGGACCAUAUGUAUAUGCUGCAUUGCACAAGUCGCCUCGGCUUUUUAUAUAAUUGUACCGAUCUAUGCAAACAUCGGAGGGAACAAGUCAGAAAGGACACAUCCGGUGAAAAUAUGGUUAGAUCUGCCCCUAAACGAGACACCGUAUUACGAAAUAGUAUUCGCCACGCAGAUACUAACUCUGCAACACAUUGGCGCCACAUAUAUCUGCCAUGACAAUCUCUUAUGCGUCCUAAACAUGCACGUGACCUACCAAUUUCGCAUGAUGCAACGCAAGCUAUCGAACCUGUGGCAAGGCUCCGACAAAGAAACGAAUUCCAUCGAUCACACCAAUAAUUGUUAUACAGCCUUGAAGGAGUGCAUCAGGCAGCAUCAAAUGCUGAUCGAAUUCUGUGAAAAGGUCAAGUACGUUUACAUGCUACCAAUCCUCGGCGAUGUUGUCAUCUUCAGCAUACUAAUGUGCCUUAACACGUACGAGAUUGUUGUGGCAGAAGUGGCUAUUUUGACGCGCGUCAUUUCCAUUUGCCACAUAGCCGGUAACUUCUCCUACAUAUUUAUCUUCACAUACGUUUGCCACAAUUUGAUAGAAGAAAGCGCAAAUAUCGGCAUGGCAACGUAUUCCGGCUGGUGGGAAGUGUUGCCAAUGACAGAAUCUGGCAGGAACCUACGAAAGGAUGUGAGGAUGAUAAUAAUGAAAUCGUUGCGACCAUGUUACUUGUCCGCUGGAGGAUUCUUUCCUGUAUCUUUGGAGACAUCUACUGCCCUUAUGAGUUCUACGUUGUCAUAUUUCACUCUCAUGAGGGAGUCCUCAAUGAGAAGCUCGAACGAAUAA